AUGUGGGUAUCCGCUAGUUUUGUGGUUUUUAGUUAUAUAUGUGUAGUUGUAACUGCAACCAGUUGUCCAGAUGAUGACGUCACUUUAAAGCCAUGGUCAGUCAGCACCACUUGGACAGACCAGGGACUUCUGGUCCCUACAACAAAUUCGGAUGUUACAAUCAAAGCUGGAAUGAACGUCAAACUAGAUGUUGAUCUUGCUGUAAACACUAUCACUAUACAAUCCAAUGGACGACUGGUGUGGGAUUCUGGGAAAAAUACUGUCAUCAGGACACGGUCCAUUCUGAUACAGGGGAAAAUGGAGAUCGGAUCAGAAGAUUGUAAAUUCAAUGCAAAGACUGAAAUUAUUCUCAAAGGUAUUAGAAAUGAAGUCCCGGAUUUCGGUCACUGUGGUCAGAAAUUUGUUUGUGUCGCCCAAGGUGGUACAUUAGAGCUUCAUGGAAAGGACAAAUUAUCAUGGACAAAACUUGAUAAAACACUUAAUCCUCUUAAAGUCGGAGACGGAAUUUUUUUCCAACAUCAGAAAACAUCUGGAACAGAUAAAGACUGGUUUAGUGGUUUACGCGUGACUGAGUUUAAUGCAUCAUCAAAACACGUCAUCAAGAAGGAAGUGUUCUAUCUGUCUGGUCAGAACGAGUACUGGACGAACAGGGGAAUGACAGAGUUUGAUCCCUUUAUUGACAGUAUAUCUGCAGGAAGUGUUGUUGGCAUUGCCUUGUUGAGGACAUUGGUUGGCACAGCUGACCUAUCAGGCGUAUAUGCCAAACUUGAGUCGUUGGGAGCUACUAGAAUAAGAGAUGUAGACAGUGACGAUGCGUAUACAUUCAUGGUUAUUAAAGGUGAUACCAGUUCUGUUGUUGAAGAUCUGAACAAUUCCGCCGAUGAUGUUCGUGUCGCAACCGUUUCCAUGGAUUUAAUCGCUGCAAACCAGAAAAUAGUGGUCAGCAGUCAAGUAAAGACUGGUUCAUGGGGUUCCACAUAUGUUGAUUUUCUGGUUUACGACCAUGACCGAGCUUAUCCUAUAAUAGAUCUAGUUGAUAACGCACAAACAUUGGAACCAGAGGACAAGAUCCUUUUCACAUCAACGGAUUUCGACAUGGAGCAAGCAGAAGUUGGUUCCGUUGAUAGUUGUAACACUUGUAAUCAGAAACAGAUCCGUGCUGACUUUGUUCCAAAGUUUGUUCAUUGGUCAAAACUUGAAAAUAAUGUUGACAUGCGCGGUGAGGUUGCAUUGUUGACUAGGAACAUAAAAAUAAGAGGUGAAACACAAUUAAGGUGUCCCGCAGCUAAUGGAAACUGCGCUGACUUCCCAUAUGAUACAUUCGGCGGUCACGUCAAGGUUUUGCGAUAUUUUAAGAACGUGCAUGUAGAAGGAGUUGAGUUAGAAAAUAUGGGACAAGCUACGAGUCUAGGAAACUAUCCUCUACAUUUUCACAUGUGUCAUGACACUGAUGAUGAGGACUAUCCCAAUCCACCAUAUGUCAAGAAAAACUCAAUUCAUCAUUCUUUUGCUAGAUGUAUUACAGUGCACGGAUCACAUGGUGUAACGGUGCAAGAUAAUGUCUGUUACGAUCAUCUUUGCCAUGGUAUAUUCUUAGAAGAUGGUGGCGAGAAAAGAACAGUUAUAGACGGGAAUCUCGUUGCUGUAACACGGAAAUGUAAACUGAUACAUUCCGAUGGAAACCCAGCCUCUUAUUGGAUAACAAAUCCCAAAACAAUCACUCGUAACAAUGUUGCAGCUGGGUCUGAGGGAAUGGGAUUUUGGAUAAUUUUUCCGGACUUACCAACAGGCCCUUCUGAAAGUCUUGGAUUUAUGGCGUUUGACGAAGCUAGACACACAAAGAUUACCGAAAUAAGUAAUAAUGCUGCACAUUCUAAUGAACAUGGUUUAUUUAUCGAUAACCGAAUCAAGAAAAUUGAUAAUGAACUGAAAGUAGACGGAACGAAUGGAUAUUAUCCCAGGACCAUGCCACUGGAUCCAAAAAACCCUUUAGCCGAGGAUGAUCCAGUGCAUAUCGACUAUCAAACCUGUUGGAAAAACCGAGAAAACACAUGGAUAAGAGGAGGUUUGAUCAUUGUCCGAUGGUAUUCAUCGGCAGACAGUGGAAAAGGUCUUACAUUUGCAAGAUCAUCCGAUCAGGAGCAGUUUAUUGAGAAAAGUGUGUUCGUGGGAGAAACAGAUAAUAUUGGUGAACCAACAGAAGUCUGGAGUAGUACACUGAACAGAUUGUUGGGAUAUCCUAGAUCUCUGGUUAUGCCCUGGAAUGAUAAGUAUCCAAUACAAGGGUUUAUUUUCUAUGAUGGACCAGUGUUUGCUGAGAGCAUCUGGUUUGAUAAGUUUACUCCUACGGAGAACUACACAAGCGGAGCAUUAUCAUUCUUAAGAAACAAUCGGUUUUCAAGUUCCUCUGUUAGUCAUGUGAAGGAUAUAAAGUAUGGAUUUGUUGAUCCAAUAGGCGGACAUCGUGUUUAUGAUGGAGAUGAAACUGUGCAUGGCUUUAACAAUUUGGACGGCGAUAAAAGUGCAACUUUUAGAGAUCAAGAUGGUUCUGUUACAAACUUAACACCAAUUCAACAAAUUGUAAAACCGGGGCUUUUUUACAGUACAGCCUCGUGUCAGUAUCGUAGUACCUGGAAAAUGGCCAUGUGCCCGUACAAAUACACAAAGCUGGAUGUUGACAUAGACUGGAAUUCGCCUGACCGCGGAACAACUAACGCCAUCAUGGUAAGGGACGACGAACCUAAUUCCCCUGAAACACUCACUGAUGACCAAACAGCCGAGUUUAUGGCAAUACUCGGGGGCGCAUUUACUUAUACGCUGCAUUGGAGUAAUACAAUUCCCAAUAUAUUUUGGAUUUAUGCCAACGGAGUUGAAUUGAAUCAGUUUGUCAGAGUCGGUAUGUGUUUACCACCUGAUGCCACUUUCAAUCUCUAUUCCUGGUCUCCACUCUGGCGACCAAAGACAAAUGAUUGGACAGAAGUGUCCUCAAUAACCGAUCUUGACGCCGAUACCAUUGGAGACAGAUAUUUCUGGGAUAGCUCGAAUAGAAUGUUAUUCGUGAAGUUUAUAAGCUAUAAUCAAAGAACAUCUACUACCACGAAAGAAUGUGAGGGUUCUUGUCCUAUGCUGAAGGUUGAGAUACUGUCUGGUGAUAGGUCAAACGGUGACUGUCGUAAUGCUGCAUACACAAGUCCUGGAACUUACAAAAAACCAAGCAGCGGCCAAAUGAGUACUGAUACUCGGACAUUAGUUGCAACUGCUCAGGGACCACCUCAGGAUUGGGGAGCAGGUUCACAACUUCCAUUUACUUCAAGACAAGUCAUAAAUGGCGGUUGGUCCAGUUGGUCUUCAUUUGAUGAAUGUUCCGUCACCUGUGGUGGAGGAACUAAAACUCAACACCGAACUUGUAAUAAUCCGUCCCCAGCAAAUGGGGGAGCUGACUGUGACGGAAAUAAUGUCAAUACAGUGAACUGUAGCGACAAUCCGUGUGCUGUCGAUGGAGGCUUUGGUAAAUGGGGAUUAUGGUCGUCUUGCGUUAUACCUUCCGGUUGCCAAGGAUACAGAGAAAGUGAAAGGUUCUGCAAUAAUCCGACACCUAAACAUGGCGGGCUCCAUUGUACCGGACCAGUAAAGAGACAGCAAGCAUGCAAUACCUGUGCAUGAAUAAAACGUUGACCGUUCCUUUCAUUACUAUAAUUAAAAUCACAUUAUACUGAAUAUAUUCUGAUAAGACAUACUACUACUAAAUAUUUUCAUUUUGAUUAGCAACAGUAAAUAUAAUAAAUUAAAUUAUUUCAUAUAACUAUUAAUAAAUGUGACAUGCA